UCAUGGCAGCUUUGUUAGAAACGACAUGGCGGAAAAAUCUGAAGAUGUCGAAGGAGAACUGGAUUUUGAGUCGCCCAACUUUAAUGCACUUCUUGCUUUACGCCUAGGAAAUGUUACAGUUCCAUAUCCUAAUAUAAAGACACUUAAUAACUUGGCUGAGUACCGUUCACUUGUCACUCGUACAUCAGCGGUUAAGAAACACGCUGCCUCCACCAGCACCGACAGCAACCAAUCUCAGAAAACUGAUGAUGAAAACAAAACGAAAGCUGGUCAAGCGGUUCCUGCAAAUGAACCAGACCUGACAUCUGAAGAACCUGUAGAUAAACAACAAUCUAGACAUAAAAGAAAUCUCUUCACUCGUAUGGAAACUCAUGAUCAAGUUGGCCCCUUAUCUUUACUAAGACGCUGCGUAUAUGAGAAACAUCGAGUAAAAGUAUGGACGAGAAGUGCUGGUUAUAUACGUGGAUUCUGUCAAGGGUUUAUUGUGGCCUAUGAUAAACACUUGAAUAUGGCGAUGAUAGAUGUCGAUGAAACAUUCCGCAAACCUAUUUAUCCUACAAAACGAAAAAGAGAUAUCAAGGUUUUCCCAAUUGUUCCUUCAACUAGUCCAGGUAACUCAGAUGAUGACAACAGUGACGACGACGACUGCAAUUACCUUGAAGAUGAAGAAGACUCAAGUGAGGAACUUAACGUCAGAACAUUCAGUGAACUAACAAAGCAGAGACAUGACGAACGUUGUGGGAAGAUCAAGCAAGAUGUGACUGUUGCAUUACCAGGUUCAAAACUGCCUGUUGUGUGUUUGUCCUCAAGAAUCGAACCAUGUUUAGUAUAUAACAGACUAAAGACUAAAGUUUGUCAGCGCCAUGUGAACCAGUUAUUUAUUCGAGGUGAUAGUGUUGUGUCUGUAGCAAUUGCAAACUGACUUCAAGUUUAGAUUUAUUUACAAAAUCAUUGUUGCAUUAAAAAAAUCAAAUGUAAAA